CCCAAUUUUCCGAAGGAUAAUUCAAUAAAAUGGCGUUAAUGGUGAAGAAAGAUAGCUGAAAAAUCUGCAACAAUUGCCUAAAUUUUCCAUGUUCUCAGAAAAUUGAGAAUUACUGAGCAACUUGAAGACAGUUAUUGUCUAGAAAAGAUUGAGAAACAGAGAAACCAGAAAGAUUGGGAUAUUUACCAGAUUUCUUGUGGCAGAAUGGACAUUAGAGGGGAGAGUUCAAUUCUGCAAGCCAGAGAUUUCCAGAUUAAGGGUUCUUGGAUUCCAACCACACCAGUGAAGCCCAGCCAAGCAGAACCGCAACCGAUCUGUGCAGACAGGAAAGAAAAUCAGCCAAUGCAAGCAAAUUGGUCAGGUGCUGAGAGAUUUUCAGAGCUAGGCCAACCAAGUUGGGUAGAAUCAGAGGGGAUUUCAACUGGGUUUUCGCCAGAAACUCGAACUCGUGGAGUAGCUGUAGCUGCAUGUUGUGGUUCCACAAAUUUUGGCGAAUUAAACAGGGGUUUCGACAAUUGGGAGGCAGCUUUACCCGCAGAAUCCCAACUUUAUGGGGAUAAUGACAGCGUAUGCAACAAGUUUUCCAUGGACGCUAUGGACAGAUUUAAUGAAAUGCGUUUUGGAGAUCUUUUGGCACUCGCAGAGGCUGCCUCUGCCACCGCAACUUCUGGAAAUUUAAAUGCAAGUGCCAAUGUGAAUGCAGCAAACAGUUCACUGAUCUCUGUUGUCAAUUCUCAGAUUGAUGAUAACCGGAACGAAGAUAUUUUGUGUGGAUCAAACUUUCAGAUUUACAGUGACUGCGCAGCAGAUAUACCUCACGAUAGGUGCUCCAUUCCUUACCAACCAUCCUUUGAUCUCAAUUCGCCACCUAGAACUACAACAGAUGCAUUUUUUAGCAGAAGCAUCUCCUCCCAGUUUGCACCCAUAACACCAGAUCAUGCAAAGAGAUCAGACAACAGAAUGGUAUCUGAUAUACCAAAUUCAACUGCAAAUGAAAGAACAAGUCAAGCAAAAGAUAAGCGGGUGAACGAAAUUGCCAGCAACGUGGUUGAAGUGAAUGAACUCCACCAGGAGACCGAAAAAUCACAGUUGCUCGAAGAUCAGUCGGGUGCUGCUAUUUCCACACAGUUGCAGGAGAAUCACAAUCCUGACAAGGGAGGGAACCAGGAUACUGACUCAAACAAGACACCACAACAGAAACCAAGAAGGAAAAAGCAUAGGCCCAAAGUGGUUAUAGAAGGCCAGUCUAAAAGCACUCGCAAACCCAUGACUCCAAAGCCUGCUGACCACAAUGAAAUUCCAACAGUUAAAAGGAAGUACACUCGAAGAAAAGGAGUUGAUCAACCCAGAGAUACUCCCCUGGCUGAGGAAACCAACAAAACCAAUGAUUCAAAUACAGUUAGGUGUACCAGAAAAUCCUGCAGGCGAUCCUUGAAUUUUGAUUCCGAACAUGAAGUGAGAGAUGAAAGCUCCUCAUGCAGGCCAUCAUCGAAUUUCGACACCGAGUUGCACACAAAAAACUUCUGGACCUGGGUGGAUCAAUCAAGAUCUAAUGUACUGCUUGCCCAGGGAAUGGAGAUAAGAGGAGAAAAAACUCAAGCAGGCAUUGCUUAUGACCUUACAUGUUCCAUGAAUCUACAAGAAGGUAACCAAUUAAUGCCUGCAAGACAAGCCCCAGGCCCUCCAACUCCUGCCAAGGUUGAUCUAGCACAAAAUAAAUUGAUGGUAGACACUCACAAUGGAUGUAUAAGAGGAAAAUGUCGAAUAGUUUUCUCAGAUGAAACACAUGAUAAAGAGGCAAGCUCUGCAGAAAUGAUGAAAGAUUCCUACUCUCAAUCAGCAUUGAGAAGCCCAAAGAAUUCCAAGUGCAGCAGCGGUACAUGUUUGACGAAUGGAAAACAAACAAGGGGAUUAAAAAGAGACCAUUCAUGUACAGCUGAUGAAGUGGAACUCAAUAGCACAAAUGAAAAGGGGUCUCAUUAUAAUUCUAUGCAGGCAUACCUAGCAAUGCUUCCAGUAAGCGAAUAUGACAUUGAUAAUAAUGCCGGCAUGUUUUUUCCAACAAUUUACAAGAAAAAGAGAACAGAGAAAGCACAGAAUUCAGCAACAUCCAGCACUUCAUCUACUGUGACUGCUGCAGAAAAUCGUGUGGGACAAACCACGAUAUACUCCCCAAAUGGCACGUGCACAAAUCCUUCCACCACAGAAAUUGGUUGCAGAAUUUCUGAUCCAAAAGUCAAUGCCAAUAGUACCCUGACUGCAGCCAUAGCUUUUGCUCAGGAUAAACAGCACCAUUUCAAAUGUAUGCUAGCUUUGGGCCACACAGAGAGGUUGACAAAGAAGAGAUCCAAAGGCCCUACUCGGGUACGUGACGUGGCUUCACUGAUUAGAAUUUCUAAGCAGUUUCCAACUUCUACCUCCAGAGGAACAACAUCAUCUGGAGUUAUGCAAGGUUCUGAAAUUUUACAUCAACCCCACACAUGCAUGGAAGCCCUAGUUG